AUGUCUUCUUUGAAGCUCGACAACAGACAUGAUAUGGCUGCCAAUGAUCAUGUUCGGCACCAUCUUAAACGACAGGAACAGUGGAUACACACGGAACGUCUCAAGAACUGGAGACGAACAAAUGGAAAUAGAAUUGCAAGGAGACCAGCUUACCAACACAGUUCAUCGUCCGGACAAAAAUCCGAUGUGAACAGCGGCAAUUCUGCUGACAGUCUUCAUACACAGUCUUCAUCAUCGUCCGAACCUCAUCAUCCCGUCGUGGAGGAGAUGGACGAGGAGCAGAGAGAGGCAAUUGAUAAAUGUCUUCGAUGGAUGGAACAUCUUCCAAAGAAGUUUUCCGGAAUGCAUAUAAUUGUUCCAGCACCGGAAAAUACAGACCAAUCUUGAGUGCUAUGUUAAGCUUACGGAGAACUUGCAUUGAACAAAAAUACGUUGGAAAAGAUUCCAACACAGAUUUUGGCCAUCUUUG